UCUCUGCUAAGCCCAGCCUCACGGUUUUCAGAUCGGAGAACGUGGUUGUGGAGGUGCAAGAUUCGCUUCAUUUUCUCUAGGCGUGUUUGGCCAGAGAGAAAGUGAUGCAAAAUUGGAGGUUGAGAGUGAUGAGCAGGGUGGUGGCGAUGGUGGUGGCGGUGCUGCCUAUAAUGGCGGCGGUGGGAGAUCCGGUGCUGCACAAGGUGGGUGGAUCCAGAGGUUGGAUCAGUCACGACGUUAACUAUACUGAAUGGUCUGCUCACGAGCAAUUUAUUCUCGGUGAUUGGCUCUUAUUCAGCUUUGACAAGCGAUACUUUAACGUUCUGGAGGUGAACGAGACAAGCUACGAGAAUUGCAGAGAUGUAGGGUUCUUGAAGAACUUGACGCGUGGUGGGAGAGACGUGGUCCAAUUGACAGAGGCAAGGACGUACUAUUACAUCUCUAGCGGAGGCUAUUGCUUUCAAGGUAUGAAAGUCGCCGUCGCCGUCCAGCAUGGUCGCCGUGAGGCGGCUCCGGCGCCGUCUCCCUCUCACUCUUCUGCAUCUUCUCCUUUCUCUGUGUUCAAUGUGCUUCAUUACUUCAUGCCUUUCAUGGUGUUUUGGGGCAUUAUUAAUAUAUGAAGUCUAAGAUUAUUGUAUUUCAGUGACAAGGGUCAUAACAGUUGAGUUCCCUUAUCUGAUCAAUUAAGACCCUCAUGUGUUGUUCUUUAUGAUAUUUAUG